UUUGCUAUCGAUGGGAAGAGGGUCUUCGUUUGCAAUCGACGAAGAGAUGCUCGCUCUCGUCGUCCCCUGCUCGCCGCCUUCACUGUCAUCGUCGGAAUCCGGCUCGCCGCAGUCAAAGAGAUGCUGCAAUCGACAAGCUUCUUCUACUCGUCGUCACCCACUGCUCGCCGUCUUCACUGUCGUCGUCAGAAUCUGGCUCGCGUGGAGAGGAUCGAAGGAAGAGGAUCGAAGGAAGAGUAAACGGCGGUGAGAAGAGGUGAGAAUAAGGCGUGGUGAAACCGGUUGUACCGGUUCUCCACCCACAAAUAAAAUAACAAAUUAAUAAUUUAAAUAAAAUCU